CAAGAGCUUUGUUUAUUAUUUUCAGCCAGUCCCAACGUAAACAACGCCCCCGAAAAAGAAUGAGUUCGGAACAAGAGAUGAUAUUGCAAUUUGCACCCUGGGAGUCGUUUGUGUCGCCAACUUUUUGGCACAAACUGGCGGAGCUGAAGCUGGACCACGAUCGCCUCUCGGACGCGAAGAGAUCAAUAACUGGACACUACACGAAUCGCAAUGCCAGCGGUUGUCUUCUGGAGGUGGACUACACAGCCUACAACAGGUCAUCGCAGCCGCCAAAGUUCAGCCACUCUGCCAGUGGCACUAUCUACAACAAGAACACCAUUGAAGAGUUCAAGGCCCUGGACAAAGUGCAGCUGCUGGCCGAAGAGGGCAAGAAACUGCUGGCUGAUAUGUGCAAUGGUCGGGUGCUGGCUGAUCCUAGUCUGUUGACCCGCUUCUUUGUUCUCUCCUUCGCCGACUUGAAGUGCCACAGCUACUACUAUUGGUUCGCCUUUCCCUGCCCCCUGACGCCCACAUUAAAACUGCAAGGCGUUGUCCAAAAGCUGCGGGACUUGCCCAAUGUCAACAAAUAUGUAGAGGCCUUGAACAACCUGCCCUCCGAGUCUCAGAACUUUUUUAUUCUGUAUGCGAAUGCAGAGCAGCAGGUUUACGAAGCCCGCAGGUUAAGCUCUCUGGUUGAAGAAGAGGUGGAGCACUAUUACUUUUGUUUUGCCGAUCCCAGCGAGUACGAGCAUCCGGCCUGGUUGAUGCGGAACUAUGCUGCCUUCCUGCUCCAGCAAUGUCCCAGUUAUGUUGGCAAAACUCUUAGGUUUCUGGGUCUACGUUACAAUCAACAAAUGCAAGUUGACGACAGCCGCAUUUGGCAGGUAAUUCAAACGGAGGCCUUUGAUCUAACACAGUUCGGCGACGUAAAAUAUGUGGGAUGGGAGCUAAAUAAAAAUGCCAAAAUGGGGCCAAGAAUCGCCCAAAUGAAGGACAGCAUGGAUCCAGCCAAAUUGGCUGAAAACUCUGUCAAUCUCAACCUUAAACUGAUGAAAUGGCGCCUGGUUCCCGAUCUAAAUUUGGAAGUUAUCGCCAAAACCAAAUGUCUACUCUUUGGAGCGGGCACUCUAGGAUGCGCUGUGGCCAGAAAUCUCCUGUCCUGGGGCUUUAAGCACAUCACCCUGCUGGACAAUGGUAAGGUGGGCUUCUCCAAUCCCGUACGCCAGAAUCUCUACACCCAUGCCGAUGCGGUCGCGGGAAACAAGAUGAAGGCCACCACUGCUGCUCUGAGGUUGCGUGAAAUAAAUCCCUCUGCGGAAACAGCAGGCCAUGUGUUGGAAAUACCCAUGCCCGGUCACACAAUUGGUGAAUCGCUUGUUGCCCAGACGGAGGAGCAUUUGUUGGUGAUCGAGCAGCAGGUUCGAGACCAUGAUGUCAUCUUCUUGCUUACGGAUUCACGCGAGAGCCGCUGGCUUCCGACGCUGCUGGGAGCGGCCAACCAAAAGGUGGUCAUCAAUGCUGCUCUCGGCUUCGAUAGCUACCUGGUGAUGCGACAUGGCAGCACACGCGACGAGGGCGGCGAUGCUAGGGAAGAGAUUGAGGGACUCAAGUGCAUUGGUGGGAGCCAAUUGGGCUGCUACUUUUGCAAUGAUGUAACGGCGCCGGGAAAUUCCCUUAAGGAUCGCACCUUGGACCAGCAGUGCACCGUUACACGGCCUGGAGUAUCUAAUAUUGCUGCUAGCUAUGCCGUAGAACUGCUGGUGGCCCUGCUCCAGCAUCCUCUGCGGGAGCUGGCUCCGGCCUAUUACGCUCAGAGUGUGCGAGGUAAAGCGGAGGAGGAGGCGACGGGCAAAGUGCCCGAGGGUUUGCUGGGCAUUCUACCGCACUCCAUCCGGGGUAUGCUGUGUAACUAUGAGAACAUUCUUCCAGCUACCCAGAAGUUUGCUCAAUGCAUUGCCUGCUCUUCGCCUGUUUUGGAGGCAUACAGAAAGGAGGGUCAUACAUUCCUCUUUAAAACUUUUGAAACAGCCAAGUAUCUUGAGGAUUUGACUGGAAUUUCGGAGUUCAAGCGCUUAAAUAGCGAGAUAAUAGACUUUGAUGACGAGGAAUUUGAUAUGUCAGAGGAAGAUGAAGAUUAAAGGGUCGCACUUAAUUGAUUUUCACUACUUCCGCUUUGAAAACUAAUUAAGCUUAUCGAGGCUUUGAGCAAGAAAUUUGGAUUUAUCCAGACAGUAUAUUUUAUCAAAGCUAUUGCAGCAUUUAAAAGUUCAAUGUGUAAGCCAAAAAUGUAUGUUUUUCCAUGUACUUUAUCUAGUCAUUAAGUAAAUUGUGUAACAAUCGUCUGAAAUUAAAUGAAAAAUUGUAACAUAA